GAGGAAUCGAAAACUAUAAAUUUUGACAUAAAAAUAAUAAAUAGUAAAUUUUUAAAAAAAGUAAUAUGGAGAGAUACAUGUGAAGAGGCAGUUAAUUCGCGGGAAAACGUUAGAAGCAAAGACCAAAGAACCCAAUCUUCUCAUAUCUCCAUCUCAUAUUUCCGAUCCAAUCUUCUCCAUUUACUUACUCACCACCGGAAAUUAAACAAAGAAACAAAGAAAAAACCAUGUGGGGCGGCGCCGCCGUUGUUUUGAUGGUUGUUUUGGUGGGUGUGAGGAUGAGGGGGGUUGUGUCAAUGAGGUUCGACCUACAAUCGGGGACCAGUAAGUGCGUAUCGGAGGAUAUUAAGGCCAAUGCCAUGUCUUUGGGUAGAUACGUAGUCGUAAACCCUUACGAUGAAUCUCCUCUUUCUGAUAUCCACAAGGUCAAUGUUAGGGUAAGUUCACCUAAAGGGAACAAUUAUCACUACUUGGACAACGUGAAAUCGGGUGAUUUUGCUUUCACUGCACCUGAGAAGGGUGACUAUACAACUUGCUUUUGGGCACCUGAGAAAAACCCUCCAGCCACUCUCACCAUUGAGUUUGAAUGGACCACUGGUGUGGCUGCUACUGACUGGUCCAAUGUUGCCAAGAAAGGCCAAGUUGAUAUACUUGAAGUUGAAUUGAAGAAAAUGUAUGAGGCUGUGACACACAUCCAUGAUGAGAUGUUUACUCUCCGUGAGAGGGAGGAUGAAAUGCAACAACUUAAUAGAAAGACUAACUCACAAAUGGCUACCUUUAGUCUUCUUUCCCUGUUGGUUUGCUUAUCGGUUGCUGGUUUGCAGUUCUGGCAUUUGAAGACUUACUUUGAAAAAAGGAAGCUUGUCUAGAUCAAUACUUCUUCCACCAUUUUCAUAUUCAUAUUCUUUUUUGGUCACUUGUUGCAUAUUGGCAACUUUGUAUUUAUCAAUUUUAUAUUUAAGGUGAUUUGUUUAAGAACUACUACUAUCUACCAUCUACUCUAUCUACAAGGAAGAGUUUUAAGUUUAUUUAUUUAAUUAACUUUGUUACA